GCUCGUAUAGCUCGCAGCUCUAGAAGAUCUGGAGGCAGUGAACAAAUACUUAAUGAGCGUAAAGCAACAACGCAGCUUGAGAAUUGAUAAGCCACAGACGACUUCAGUUGAGUUAUCGGCAACAGCUGCUCAGCGGAAAUAAGCUUGAAGCGGGGCAGCUUUACUCAAGGCUCCAGCAGUGCACAGUUCCGCCAUGCACUGGCAUAGACUGGCCCUUCUCCUGCUCCUGGCAGCUGCCUGCUGCGCUGCCACGCCCACAUCGAAUCAUACCAGUCAAUAUGAGGCGUCUACACAGCGUAUACUUGAUAUGGCCACGCAGCGUAUGCUGCGUAUAUGGGAUAUGCGUCGUCGCAUCUUUCUGCAGCUCACCUCGAAAGGUAAAUCGCCGCUGGGUGGCCAGGCGCCCAGCAAACAGGAAGUGGAAACAGAGACCUACAAACUGGCUUACGAGCUGGCAGCCAAUCUGAGUGUUGUGCCCGUCGAGCAGCUGCAGGAUCCGUUGCUACGGCGACGCGUUCAGCGCUUGGCUAAGCUGCAAUUGCAGGGCUUGAAGCCAGACAACUAUGAACAGGCCAAGGACCUGCUGCGAGCUAUGCAGAAUUUCAUCAGCGGCGCCUUGGUCUGCUCCAAUGAUGACUGCUCGGCGCGCAGACCGUUGGCCAUGUACCCGCAGCUCUACAAUCAGAAUAUGCACACGAAGCUGUACGAAGAUCUGAAGCUGAAUUGGUUCAACUGGCGCACAGCUAUCAAUGACAAGGAUACGGCCAGAUCCACGUUCAUUGACUAUGUGCGUCUAUUGCGCAUCGCAGCCACCUACAACGGGCAUGUGACGCCAUCGAGAACUUGGUAUUUGUAUUAUGACACGGAGAACUUCCAGGCGGAAAUGGAGGAGGUUAUCUGGGAGAUAAUGCCGCUCUACAGAGAAAUGCACGCCUACUUGAGGCACUCGGCUAUUUUGGCCUAUCCCAAGGCAAAUUUCAAAGAUGACGGCGCCAUCUCAGCGCCCGUUUUCGACCAGAUGUUGUCGCAGGCCUGGUAUUCACAUCAGAUUUUUCGCACGCCCUUUCCCAAGGAUCAGCUGCCGUCAGUGCAUCAUCGUCUGGAGGAGGUGCUCGUCACACCUGUUAAGAUUAACAAUAAGGCCGUCGAGUUCUUCGAGUUGCUGGGUCUCAAUAAAAUGUCCAACAACUUCUACGAGCGCUUCUUGAGACGCAUGAAUGAUGAUGAAGGCGGUCCGGAUUGUAAGUCCCAAGUCUAUUACUUUCCACCGGAUGUGGCGAUGCGCUACUGUCCGAAGCCCAACUACAAGAAGCUGAUGCAAACCCAUGGCACCAUGGCGGAGUUGCAGUACAAUCUCUACAAACGCGAGCUACCUUUUGGCUUGGACACGGAGCCCUGUCCGGGCUUUGCUGCUGCUCUAGGCGAGACCGCGGUUCUGGCCUCGGGCACGCCACGUCACCUCCAUCGUCUCUAUAUCCUAUUGAACGACAGCUUAACGGAGAAUCAAUCGCUGAAUCGACUCUUUCGCAUGGGCGUUCACACGCUGUUGGCUGUGCCGCAGUAUUUCAUCAACGACAAAUUCCUCGUGGAUGUCAUGGAUGGUCGCAUUGGCGUCCAGGAUUACAACUGCGCCUAUUGGCGUCUGCAGGACAAAUUUGCGGGCGUACAGCCACCCAUAUGGCGCACUGCUAGGGACUUUGACUUGGACUAUAAAUUUUAUCGCGGCUUGCAGCCAGAGAGAUCGAACACGAGAAAAUUCAUUUCUGAGGUCCUUGGCUUUCAGUUCUAUCGCGCCUUUUGCCUCGCUAGCAAUCAAUAUAAGCCCGGAGAUCCUAGCUAUCCUCUGCACAAUUGCGAUUUUCACAACAGCUCUGAGGCGGGAAAGAUGAUGCGGGAAAUGAUGCAACUGGGCGCCAGCAAACAUUGGCGCGAUGUCAUGUUUAUAGCCACACGUGAACGUAAGCUUAGUGGGCGUGGCAUCUUGGAAUACUUUGCACCGCUUUUCACCUGGCUGAAGGAGCGUAAUAGGCAACUGGAAUUGGAACCGGGCUGGGAUGCAGAUGAGCUGUGUCGCAAGGAAUAACAGCUGAACUAUAGUUUCUUAUAUAUAUAUAUAUAUAUAUAU